AAUGUUUACACAGAACACUUAAAGUCAACGUGUAUGCGUUGCAAUUCCGUGUUAAAUAUAAAUGAAGAAGAGCUGCAUUUCAAUAGAAUAGACGUCGUUCUGUCUUGACGAUAUAGUCGUGUUGCUCAUAGAGCGGGAACCAUUGAAUAUUGCACAAUGGCAGAUUUCGAUGCAAUUUAUGAAGAAGAAGAAGAAAAUGAACAAAAUUUGGAGGAACAGUAUGUGAAAAUGGUGCCAGAUCCUAUAGUUAUUCGCGGAGCUGGCAAUAUGACUGUAUUUGGACUUAGUAAUCGUUUUGAUUCAGAAUUUCCAAAUGGCUUGGUGUCUCGUAUUGCUCCAGAAGAAUUUAAAGCAACUAUUAUGAGAAUAAACAGUGUACUGAAAAAAACAUUACCGGUUAAUGUUAAGUGGUUAUUUUGUGGUUGCGUUUGUUGUUGUUGUACAUUAGGAUGUUCUCUUUGGCCUGUUAUUUGUUUGAGUAAAAGGACACAACAUUCUUUAAAUAAAUUAUUAGAGUGGGAGAAUAGUAGGCUAUAUCACACACUUGGAUUACAUUGGAGAUUAGCAAAACAAAGAUGUGACACUUCAUCCAUGAUGGAAUAUGUUCUUUUAAUUGAAUUUAUUCCAAAGAUACCCAUAUAUAAACCUGACUAAAGAAAAGAUCUGGAUACUCGUAUGACUUAUGCACAUAAUAAAUUAGUGCAACUCUAAGAUGUAAAAAGCCAACAGCCUCUGGCUUAAUUGUAAAAUAAGAGAAAUUAAGUGUCAUUACAGAAGGCACUUGUGGGAUGCUUAUUUUUGUAAAUAUUAUAUGUAGGAUUGCACAGUACAAUAAUGAGAUACGAAUGCGGAUCAGUUAUGAUAUAUUAGUCUUAUUCCCUAACAUCUAUCUUAACAGGUACAAAAUCACAACAAUUUAUGUACUCAUCUUUUAUAAAAAGAGAUCGAUCUGCUUUUGAUUUUCAGUUAUUUAGUGAAAAAGAAUAUUAACAAAUAUUUAUCAGUUUGCACAGAAAAAAUUACAAAUGGGAUUAUAAACGUAUUUUAAAAGCACUGCUUGAUAUCUAGUUUACUAGUCAUUAAAACAUAACUAUUUUGAACAAUUUUUGCUCCCUUGUUAAUAAUUUUUUAAAACCUACAUUUCAAUUAGAUAUUAAGCUUUCAGGUAAGAAAUUAAUCUGAUAUAGUACAACGAAUAGUUUACAAAGUAUUUGUGAUUCAAGGGUGAGAAAUAACUAUCACAUAGCCCUUAUACCAUUAAAAAAUGCAAAAUACAGAUACUCGUUUGUACAUAUUAAUGUAUACAAUAUAAAAACUUGUUUUGUCUAUAGGUUGAUUUCUUACCAAGGUGAUAUUAGAGAAUACGAUACAUACAAAUAUGUGUCUGUUUUACUUUUUGACAUGAAUUUAAUAUAAUUUAAGAUAGUAAACAUAUUGUUGCUAUCAAGAGAUAAUGAUAUUACCUUCAAUCGAAAUAUAAGUCUUUUUACAUAUAAUGUGGGAUAAACUAUUUUGCAUUAGAAAAAAAGGAAGAAUUAAUUUUUUAAUUAUUCAUAGCCAGUUUUACAGAGAAUGACUGGUUUUGAAAAAAUAAAAAAUACAAUCACUGUACAGUAUUAAAAUUCAUUCAAUUAUCGAUCAAUCAAUACAUUGUUUAAUUAAAAUUUUAAUGAAUGUUUUUGUUCUGUAAUAUUGUAUAUCACAUUAUAUGGUUCUGUACAGGCACUUCUCUAUAUAGAAACUCUAUUUUAUAAGCGAAAAUUUUCGUUGAUACAUAAGAAAUAAAAAUAAGCUCUGGAUAUAGAUAUAAUGAAGUAUAGAAAAAUUGUAGAAAAAUGGAUAGGACAUAUGUUAGAAAUUUGGAAAGCAUUAGAAGUAUUUUUCUUUCUAUUCAGUGGCUGUGAUUGAGAAUACAAGACUAGUUUUCAACUUAAACAUAUAUCCUACAUAUGUCUCAAAAAUCACAUACAUCUGAGUUUCUAGCUUAAUAAACACAAUAAAUAUCUUUCUAAGGGAUGUACUUAAUUUGCAAAAUUAUCAAUUAUGAUGCUUCACAUUACAACAGUAAUUUAGUAUCUGUACAAUAAUUCAUGUGAACACCAGUUUGGGAACAUAAUUUUUGACUUACUAAUAAAUAAAUAUAAUGAUUAUUUCAUUGAAUAUUAUGAAACAGUAGAAGCUGCAUUAGUUAACAAUAUUAUUCCAUUCCAAAUUAUGUGAGUUAUGUAAAUUGUUGAUACUUCACUUGAGAUGUACUGUGCAAUGGAACCAUGAAUGUAAAUAUCCUUGAUGUUUCGCGUGUUUAAAAAAUAUAAUUAAUGUAGAAUUGUGCAGAAUUGAUAACUGUAACGGUCAACAUGCUUUUACACUAUAUAUUAGUAAUUUAUAUGUUUGUAAUUAUCAAUGCUUAUUCAUUCGUUUUACUCCUUCUUUCCCCUUUUUUAUUUGGAUAGUGCAAGUAUUUCUUAAUGUUUGUAAGUAUAUGAACUUAAAUGUUUUAAAAUCUGUGUUUUGAUAAACAAAACAUUGAAAAAUUGUUUACAAAUAAAGAGAUAUGGAUUUAUUUUUUCAUUAAUUGAUGUUACUGUAUUUAAUAACUCAAUGGAAAUUAAAAACUGCAUUUUUAUUUUCUUCACACACACAUAUAAGUGGAAUGCAUAGUUAAUUUCUUGAAUUGUACCUUUUUGUAGAUAAAUUGUAUUGCAUAUAUUUACAUAUGUGGUUGUAAAUAUGUUAAGAAACUUACAUAUUUAAAAGGUAAAAAGCUAUAAAUAAUUAAUAAUUUUAAGGAGGAGAAUUUCAAAAUGAAGAAAUAAUAAAAUUGUUUUGAAAAGUACAUUGGAUUUGACGAAUUUACUAGUAUAUGGAGAAAUAAACAUUAUUGUUAAAAAGAAAUUAAUCCUUGAGAUAUAGGUGAACUUAUUUACAUAUUGGUAUUAUCAUAGACGAUAGAAAGGAUUGAUGUGAAAAAGACAGAAGAAUAUCAGAUAUGAAGACAAUUUAUAUAAUAUUCUUAGGCAGAUACAAAAUUUAUGAAACGAAGGGGAUAUAUUUUUGAUAGGCAGAACAAAUGGUUAAAAGUAAUGUCUCUGGGAAUGUAAUGUCAUUUUUGUUGUAUUUACCAUAGUACAUUAAGUGUGUUUCAUAAGAAUGUAAUAAAGAAAUUUUUAGAAAAUUGUUGAAAACAAA